AUGAGCGUGCAAUGCCUCGCCUUCAUCGCCUUGAGCGCUAUUGCUCGCGCGCAAACGCUCCUCGGUCGUGAUUCCGGCCUCGAGGGUCUCGGUGAGAUUGCGCCCCGCGCUGUCGUUAUUCCAACCGUCGUGGAUCCUUUGAUGAAGGUCCACGCAAAUUUCGGAUGGGCUACCUACGGAUUCUGGGGCUCCAUACUGUUCAUCGGCAUCGCCAACAACCUCUUCACACAUAUCUACCACCUCACCAUCGGAUCUGGCACCUCGGACAUCGAAGGUGGUGAUGGCUCCGCGGGGUCAGCCCGAAAGGCAGCUGGCAAACACCCUGUCGGUAAAGCACAAGCAAAGGUCUGGGGGUGCACUAUCCCGACGCGGCUCGAGGGCCUCGUUGUGGCGGCGUUUUGGAUCCUGAGCAUCGUCCUCUGCGCGGUCAAGCAUGGCCCCUUUGCCAAGCCCAUUAUUGCCAUCGCGUCGGCUCCGCCUCUUUACAGGCACUUGGCCACCCGGACGGGUACCCUCUGCAUAUCCAACCUGCCUUUCGUCUGGGCCUUUGGCAUUCGCAACAACGUUUUCUUAUGGGCUACGGGAUGGAGCUUUUCCACCUUUAACUUAUUCCACCGACAUAUCGCACGCGUUUCGACCAUCCAGGCCAUCCUCCACGGUGUCAUGUAUACCGUGACUUAUCUGAGAAACGAUCCUACAGGCACGGUAUAUCGGUUUACAGUAAAACUGCGGUGGUUCCAGUUCGGAAUUGUGGCCGUCGUUGCGUUGUGUCUCCUCGCUUUCUCAUCCAUCUCGGCGUUCCGUCGCAAGCGGUACGAGAUGUUCCUCAUCGUCCACUUGGCACUCUCGAGCCUCUCAUCGGACAACGACCCCGAAAAGUACGAACCCUACAUCUGGUCCCUCGUGGCGCUUCUAGUAUUCGACCGCGCCCUACGAAUCUUCCGACUCGUGUACUGCAACCUACACAUUACCCUGAACAAGGGCAAGACGAUCGCGCAGCCCAAAACAAUAGUUCGCUACGACCCCGAGGGCGACAUCCUUCGAAUCGAAGUCGCCAUCAGCCGGACCCAUCCCUCACCAGCCCCCGGCCAGCACUACUUCCUGUACCAGCCCGGCCGAUUGCAGUUUUACGAAAGCCACCCAUUUACCCUCGCCUCCUGGACCUCUGCCGACGAUGCCACAACCCCAGAAAAGUCGGCCGGUAGCACCGCCGAGGGUGAAGUGGGCCUCCAGGGCCCCAAGUUGGUCUUCAUGGUCCGCCCCCAAGACGGCUGGACAAAGAGGCUCCGCGACAAAUGCGUCGCCGCGGAGCACAACACGACCACGCCCACCAUCCUGGUCGAGGGCCCUUACGGCAAGCGGGAGCCGCUGUGGGCGUACGAUCACGUCCUCAUCGUCGUGGGCGGCUCGGGCAUCACGGCGGGUCUACCGUAUCUUGUCGACCACGCGCAGCGACGCGCCUCGGGCGCCAAGUGUCGCACGCGGCGCGUCACGCUCGUGUGGGCGAACCGGACGGAGAGCUACGUGCGCGCCGUCGCGUCGCGAGAGCUCGCUGUUGCUGCGGCCCGCGCUGACGUUGAACUGGCGUUUUACGUUACUUCCGAAGGCGCAGCUGUGAGCAAGGGUAUCGCUGUCGGUGAUGAGGAUACGAGCGCUGUGCACAGGGGCGGGGAAGGUGUUGGGGAGAAGGAGAUUGGCGACGCGGCCGUCCUGGAACAGUCCAACGCGGGUAGUGCCAGCGGCGACGGUGAAGAAGCGCGGUCGACUUGCUCGUACUGCGGCUGA